AUGGUGCUCCGAGAAGUUUUUGUGGUAUCAUCUCACACUUAUCCAUUCAUAGAAGAGGGCGUCAUUGAUGAAAAUGGCCUUACUUUACUGAAUGAACGAAAACGCCAUCGUGACAGCACUGAAGCAAUGGAUAUGGAUGAAUCGGGCAUGAACAAAAUCAGGAUGAAGCCUGAUAUUAUUACGUUUUAUCGCACCCCAGGAGCCUUCAAGUUUUGUCGCCGCAUAAGCAAUGGUCCAUUUAUUGAUUACUUUCACGCUAGCAACAGAGGCUCCCCGCUUCCAGAAAAUGUUAUCGUAGAAAUUCUUUCCUAUUUGAAUAAGAGGGACCUCUGCAACGCUAUGGCGACAUGUAGGCUUUUAUAUGCUGCCGGAGCAAGAUGUCGCACUUGGGAACAAGUAGAUCUAUUUAACCGCACCGUCUUCAACCACUCCUUGAUUUGUUUCCUCAACAGGCGGCUGAAAGUCAUGCGUAUGGCUGACACUAACGUCGAAAAUUGGCCAUAUCACUCAUCUACUCCAGCGAUAUCCCUGGAGUAUCCAUUGAUGUUGACUCAUUUGGAUCUCAGUCGAGCCGUGUUUGCAGAUCGGAGCCUUUUGGUCAAAAUUAUGAGGGGAUGCACUCGCCUCCAAGCGUUAUCCAUGGAGGGGCAAGACUUAGGAGCAGACGCCGCCGAUAUUUGCGCGUCUAUUGGAAACAAUCGUGUUCUCUCCCGCCUCGAUCUGUCUAUGACUGUCGGCAUUGAUGCCAACGGUGCCCAACAGAUAUGUUCAGGAUGUAUAGCGAUACAGCAUCUGAACUUGUCAUGGAGUAGUUUGGAUCAAGAGACAGUGCUCAUAUUUUGCUCAAAUCUCCCUGAUACAAUGACAAGGCUAAAUAUGGCUGGGUCUUUGAAUAAAUCAUCACUUGACGAUGAAGAGCCAUUUCAUCGAUGCACAUCGUAUAAGUUGACAAAUUCUAAGGAGAAAAUUUUUUUAGCGGUUGAAUACCUCGUAACGUGCUGCCCGAAUCUGAAAGAGCUGGAUUUGUCCGAUAAUGUGAACGUCACUGAGCGAGGAUUGCAGUUCCUUAUGACUCUUCAACAGCUCGAAUCACUUUCGCUGAACAGAUGUUACGGCAUACAGCCUAUGAAUUUCUUGUAA